AUUACGUUAUGUUCCGCUGCAUUGUGGGUGACAAGACAUUUGGGGAGUCGCGCCAUUUUUAGUGUGUGCGCCAAUCUGAAAUCAAGAUAUUGUGCUUGGAGACCGUUUAAAUUUAUAUCCCUGGCAUAAUAGAAGAAAAGAACGGAUUAUAAAUAAAAUGGGACGGAAGAAGAAGAAGCAGUUGAAGCCCUGGUGCUGGUACUGCAACAGAGAUUUUGAUGACGAAAAGAUUCUCAUUCAGCACCAGAAAGCCAAACAUUUCAAAUGCCAUAUAUGUCACAAGAAACUCUACACAGGGCCUGGAUUAGCCAUUCACUGUAUGCAGGUGCACAAAGAAACCAUAGACUCAGUUCCUAAUGCAAUACCGGGGAGAACAGACAUAGAAUUGGAGAUCUACGGCAUGGAGGGUAUUCCAGAAAAAGACGUGCAAGAUCGGAGAAGAGUACUUGAUCAAAAGUCGCAAGAUGGCCAGAAAAAGAAACAGAAUCAGGAUGACUCUGAUGAGGAAGAUGAUGAUGAUGAUGAUGAAGCUGGACCUUCGUCAUUUCAGCUGCCUGCUUCUCAGCCUCAGGCUGCUUACAUGCCCCCCAUAACCCAGGCAGGCAUCCCUCCUGGGCCUCGGGCCCAAGGCAUGCCUCCUGCCAAUUAUCCAGGCAUGCCACAUAUGAUGGCUGGUGUCCCACCAAUGAUGCAUGGGAUGCCACCGGUAAUGCCAGGCAUGCCACCUGGCAUGAUGGCAAUGAGAGGGAUGAUGCCCCCUGGUCCAGCAAUGCCACCGUUGAUGCCUGGUAUGCCACCAGGAAUGCCACCCCAUGUUGCAAGGCCUGGCAUGCCUCCUAUGGCUCCUGCGGCUCCUGUCACAGCUCCAGGAAUGGCCAGCAGACCAGCUAUUCCUACCACUCAGUCUACUGCAUCCAAACCUCUCUUCCCCAGUGCUGUGCAGAUGGGGACAGGUGUUGCGAGCCCCAGUGCCGCUCCUGCCAAUGCAGAGACACAGUCUGCCUCCUCUAAGCCUCUGUUCCCUAGCUCUGCACAAGCUCAGCAGACGGUAUCAGGACCAUCAUCAACCACCUCUGACCCUCCUAAAGUGACAUUCCCAGCCUACACCCAGCCCUCCUCCACCCCAUCUGCUGCUGCCCCCUCCAGUACCGUGGCCAAACCCCCUGCCACGGUCACAAGUAAGCCAGCCACCCUCACCACCUUGAGUUCUACCAGUAAGUUGAUGCACCCUGAUGAGGAUAUCUCGCUGGAAGAGAGAAGGGCUCAGCUGCCUAGGUAUCAGAGGCUAAUCCCUCGGCCUGAGCAGUCUGCAGCAGCUGCUGCCUCAGCUCCCCCCAGUGGAGCGGUGGGAGGAAUGAUGCCUGCCCAGCAGGUUAUGCCUCCUCAGCAGCCUGGUAUGAGGCAUCCCAUAUAUGGUCAGUAUGGUGGUGGUCCUCAGGGCAUCCCUGGUUAUAUAGCUGGUGGCAUGCCUCCUUUCGGACAGAGCGCCCCAAUGGUGCGCUCAUACCAAGCUGGCCCACCUGGGCCCCCCAUGGGCAUAAGGCCACCUGUAAUGUCUCCAGGCAGCCGAUACUGAAAAGGCACUGUCAUCUCACUAGGUUUGGAGGUUAAACCUUUUCUCAUCUUGUGCUUUUAAUGUAGCCAAACCAAUGAGCACUAAACCCACUGCUGAAGAAAAACUACAUACUGGACAUUUGAUAUGUAAAAUCACACAAAGUUUUUGGAUUCAUCCCUUAAAAUAAAAACAAGACACAAAGAUAACAGUACUGUAUCAAUGUUACAGUUGAUACAUGAAUUGCUUUUCUUCCUAUUGUGUUUCAUUCAGGUUGUACAAGUACAGUAUGUUAGACAAUGGUUCAUAAUAUAUUGAAGCCGCUGGCCUAACAGUAUCUCCAUACUCAAGGCAAGUUCCCAGUAAGAUUUCUGCUUUUAUCUUAGUAGUGAAGCCCUCACAGCACCAUAUUGUGCUGUUGGACUUUACGUCCCCAACAUCAGCUUGGUGAGGGCUUCAGAUCACUGUUGUCAUGGUGAUUUUUUUUAAUUAAUAUUCUUUAUUUUUUACAAUUUGCAUCCAUUAUUUCAGGGGUUAAUAGCACAAGGGUAAAUAUGUGUGUGUCUGUAUUUUUUUGGAAUAUGUAUUGUAAUAAAACAUACUUAAUUUGA